GGUUGGUAGGUGUCAUGGUGGGGCUCGGCCUAGAAGCACAGGGGCGGGCUGAGCCAGUGAUAAAGGCGGGCGUACGGGUUGAAGGGAGAGAGAAAUAGAGACUCGAGGCGAAAGAGAGUGUAACCCCACGGCGCACCGCCACCCGUGUGUGUCGCACUAAAAUGUGACUCUGGCCAGCAGCACCGGGAGCCCGUGUGUGUCGUAAGAGCGAGCGAGCGAGCGCGAGAGCGAGAGAGAGUCGUGUGGUGCCGGAAUUUUCGUUAGUUGUAGGAAGAGCAAGGCGCGUUUUUCCAGGAACGUUGAACGCGUUAUAAAAACCGAAGAAGAUCCGGGCUGAGGAAAACUGAGAGGGUCGAACCGACUGGCGGCGAAUCAAACAUAUCAUUUUAACCUAGUUGCAGAAGAGUGUCGUGUUACGAUACGAGGUUAGAGAAGACGGGCUAGAAUUAGAAGAUAGGUUAGCUUGGAACGUAACCGGAGGCGAAUGCUGUCGCACUGGAAGAUUACAGAGGCAAAAGGAUGCCGUGUGAAUCGCAUUGAGGGACGUACACUCGCAGAAUCUGUCUAUACGUAGACCUGUCUAGAACCCGGGUGUGCAUGGCUUAACGAGCAUCAUCGUUAACGUUGUAUCGUUAUCAGCCUCCAAGGUGUACCAGCCGAAGGCAGCCAGUGCGUCGAACACGAGCAAAUGAGCGUUUCGGAUUAGUUAACCUAGUACUAUUCCCGCUGUGAACUGUGAUUCUUUGUGCCGUGGACGAGCUGAGCCGCGGUGAUCGUCGACCACGGGGUAGAAGAAACGAGAAAAAAUGAAGUUCGAACUUCCGAUGGAUCGGGAGAAGGGCCUGGAGCUCUUCGGGAAGUUUAUACGGACGAAGAAUGUGGAGAGUCUUCAGGGUGAGCAGAGGAAAGGUGGACCCGAACCACUGCAUCCGACCGAUCCGAAGCAGAAAUUACAGAAGUGCCUGACGACUCUGGACCUGACGUCCUUGGGGGUUGGCUCCUGCGUCGGGACAGGGAUGUACCUAGUCGCAGGGAUGGUGGCGCGCAGCGUCGCCGGGCCAGGCGUCGUCUUCUCCUUCAUUAUAGCGGCGAUUGCUUCCAUUUUUUCCGGAGCAUGUUACGCCGAGUUUGGAGUACGAGUGCCUCACACAACUGGCAGCGCUUACAUGUACAGUUACGUGACCGUAGGCGAAUUAAUAGCAUUCAUUAUUGGAUGGAACAUGGUGCUGGAGUACCUUAUAGGUACGAGCGCGUGUGCCUGCGCCCUUAGCGCCUGUUUGGACGCCCUCGCGGAAGGCGCUGUUUCCGGGGCGAUAGCCAACAGCGUGGGAACCAUUUUCGGUCGACCGCCCGACUUCCUCGCGUUUGUCAUCACCUUACUGAUGAUGCUGCUGAUGGCCGCAGGCGUGAAGAAAUCCCUGGUGUUCAAUAACGUGUUAAACGCCAUCAAUCUCGCCGUCUGGGUGUUCGUGAUGACGGCGGGUAUGUUCUACGUGGACAGCGCCAACUGGCGCGAACACAACGGCUUCCUUCCUUACGGCUGGAGUGGUGUGUUCACCGGUGCAGCGACGUGUUUUUACGCGUUCAUCGGCUUCGACAUAAUAGCGACCACCGGCGAAGAGGCAACGAACCCGAAGAGGAGCAUCCCCCUCGCGAUAGUCUCGUCAUUGAUCAUAAUUCUCGUCGCUUAUGUCACCAGCAGCAUGGUGCUGACGCUGAUUGUUCCUUAUGACGAAGUGGAUCAGGAUUCAGCGCUGGUGGAGAUGUUUGGCCAAGUUGGGGCUUACAAGUGUAAAUACAUUGUCGCUGUCGGUGCACUGGCUGGAUUGACAGUCUCCAUGUUUGGCAGCAUGUUCCCUAUGCCUAGGAUAGUCUACGCCAUGGCUCAGGAUGGCCUUAUAUUCAGGAGUCUGAGCCAGGUAUGGCCAGCAACGGGCACCCCAGCCCUGGCAACACUGACUUCUGGUUUGUGUGCAGCCCUAGCUGCCCUCCUGAUCCAAUUAGAGGUCUUGGUAGAAAUGAUGUCCAUAGGUACUCUGCUGGCCUACACUCUAGUGUCCACUUGCGUUUUGAUCCUACGCUACCAGCCCCACUCCACGAACCUUGUCGAGCUAUUACCGCCGAGCUUGAGGACACCUUGUCGAUCCCCGACGAAGGAGAAUCAGGGGAAUGGUCAGGUGAAUUACGGCAAGGAACUGAGACCGGAUCAAUUAACUACCGCUCUUAAUACCGUUCAGGCUGCGCAGUCGGAGCUCACAGCAGCCAACAGCGGGCAACGCAUCAUGGUGAGACGAGUGAGGAGGUGCAAUAGUUCCUCCCCAGAUUCGGACGACACCUAUGGAGCAGAGGAGGACGAAGUAGGUCUAGGCAAGGACGACCAGUACCUAGUUAGCGAUAGGACCGAGAAUAAGUUUUAUGGAAGUGUGCACGCGGCUGCGGCUGCAUCCAGCUGCGGCAGCACGCACCAGUACCCAGGAAACACACCCAUAAUUGGGCCACCAUUGAAUUACCUCCAGCGUCGGCUACAGGCAGCACAAUACCUUUGUCCUGCUAUAUUUCCUUGGGUAGAUAGAGGCCCGGCAACGGAAGCAUCCGGGCGUUACGUCAUGAAACUAGUCGGGCUGCUCUAUUUGCUGAUCGUCAUCUUCGAUUUGAUUGUCGUUUGCGGCAUGGGGAACAUGGGAACCUUCACCACGAUAAUAAUGUUCGCUUUCCUCUUUGCCAUAAUCGGGGUGUUACUUGCCAUUAGUAGAAAACCCCAAAACAGGAAUAGCAUGAUGUUCAUGACUCCGGGACUCCCAUUCGUCCCUGCGAUUGCUGUCACCGUGAAUAUAUACCUCAUCUUCAAGCUGAGCAUCUUGACCCUCGUUAGAUUCACUGUCUGGAUGGUACUCGGUUUCAUCAUGUACUUCUAUUACGGCAUUAAACACAGUAGCCUGGAGGAGGCGAGCGCGGCCGAGACGCAAGAAGAGAACGUGACCGCCGGAAACAUCGAGCUGACGGUUACAGACCCUCAGAGACAGCCACAGACGCAUCCGUCGCCCUACACGACGACCGAUCACAGCAUCUACGAGGGCCAACAGCUAGACGCGUUUGGUCAACCAGUAUUUGGUAGCACGAACUUCGGCGGGACACCGAACCAGAGGCAAGAAACCACCACCGCCAGCAGCGCCACUGGUCCAGCGCUCUUCGUCGCCCACGAAAGCUUCCCCUCCUGGGACGACUGA